AUGAAGAGAAAACAGAAGAGAUUUCUGCAGAUGACUUUGUUAUUCACGGUGGCUUUAAUUUUCCUGCCUAACAUUGGUCUCUGGUCUCUGUACAAGGAUAAGCACCUGGUGAAGUCGGCGGAGCCUGGGGAGCAGCAGACAUUUCCACUGGGCCUGGGAGAUGGGCAAUUCUAUUCAUGGACAGAUGGUUUGAGAAGAAAGGACUGGCAUGACUAUGAAAGCAUUCAGAAAGAGGCUAUGCGCUCAGGGAAAGGUGAACAUGGGAAACCUUACCCCCUUACCGAAGAGGACCACGAUGACUCAGCUUACAGGGAAAAUGGUUUCAAUAUUUUCGUCAGCAACAAUAUUGCUCUAGAGAGGUCUCUGCCAGAUAUUCGUCAUGCUAACUGUAAGCACAAGAUGUAUCUGGAAAGGCUGCCAAACACCAGCAUCAUUAUCCCAUUUCAUAAUGAAGGUUGGACUUCACUCCUGAGGACCAUACACAGUAUAAUUAACCGCACCCCGGAGAGUCUGAUAGCAGAAAUCAUUCUAGUAGAUGACUUCAGUGAGAGAGAACAUUUGAAGGGUAAGUUGGAAGAAUACAUGGCCCGGUUUUCCAAAGUGAGGAUUGUUCGCACCAAGAAAAGAGAAGGACUCAUCCGAACCCGACUCCUGGGGGCAUCGAUGGCCAGAGGAGAAGUCCUGACAUUCCUGGACUCCCACUGCGAGGUCAACGUGAACUGGCUGCCCCCGCUCCUCAACCAAAUUGCACUAAACCACAAAACCAUCGUGUGUCCCAUGAUCGAUGUCAUUGACCACAAUCACUUUGGGUAUGAGGCACAAGCUGGGGAUGCCAUGCGAGGAGCCUUCGACUGGGAAAUGUACUACAAAAGAAUCCCCAUCCCUCCAGAGCUCCAGAGGGCAGAUCCCAGCGACCCUUUUGAGUCUCCUGUUAUGGCUGGAGGUCUCUUUGCUGUGGAUCGGAAAUGGUUUUGGGAAUUGGGUGGCUAUGAUCCAGGUUUAGAAAUCUGGGGAGGAGAACAGUAUGAAAUCUCUUUUAAGGUUUGGAUGUGUGGAGGAGAGAUGUUUGAUGUUCCAUGUUCUAGAGUUGGUCAUAUCUACAGGAAGUAUGUUCCAUACAAAGUUCCAUCUGGGACCAGCCUGGCAAGAAACCUGAAGCGGGUAGCUGAGACCUGGAUGGAUGAAUUUGCCGAGUACAUUUAUCAGCGGCGGCCAGAGUACAGGCAUCUCUCCACGGGGGACAUCUCUGCCCAAAAGGAGUUGCGCAAGCAGCUAAAGUGCAAGGACUUCAAAUGGUUCAUGGCUGCAGUGGCCUGGGACGUGCCUAAAUACUACCCUCCAGUGGAGCCCCCGCCUGCUGCCUGGGGGGAGAUCCGAAACAUAGCAGCAAAUCUCUGUGUGGACAGCAAGCACGGAGCCACAGGAACAGAGCUGAGGCUGGACAUCUGUGUCAAGGACGGUUCUGAACGAACAUGGUCUCAUGAACAGCUCUUUACCUUUGGAUGGAGGGAAGAUAUUCGACCUGGUGAGCCACUGCAUACCCGGAAAUUCUGCUUCGAUGCCAUCUCACACAACAGCCCAGUCACACUCUAUGACUGUCAUGGCAUGAAGGGGAACCAGCUCUGGGGAUACCGGAAGGACAGAACAUUAUUCCAUUCUGUGAGCAACAGCUGCAUGGAUUGCAACCCCGCAGAGAAGAAGAUUUUCAUGGCCAGAUGUGACCCUCUCUCUGAGACUCAGCAGUGGAUUUUUGAACACAUUAAUAUGACUGUUUUAGAAAAAUUUAACCAACAUGCCAGCUCCUAGAAAGAAAGAAGGAAGAAAGAGUGAUUACCUAUAGGUUAUAAAUGAAAUUUUUAGCCAGCAUCUGGGUCGAAGGAGUCAGGAAUAACAUUUCCUCGAUCCAGGAAGGCUGGUUUAAAAAUCUGUAAAUGCCAUGUCAAAGUAGGUUGUUUUGAAGAACUUCCUGCAUCUGAAGAACUUGGCUGAGAAUCUCACCAGCUGCUUCUGAGAACUCGAGACUAGCAGUUCCCUUGCUGGCCAAGGGCAAAGAUUAUUUAGGGACUUUUCAAAACAACUGCUGAGCUAAUAAAUCCUAGCAUUUCUCAGGUCAAA